GCCGAUAGUCUGAAGGAAGUGGAGCGAGACACUUCAGAAAUUUCAGCAAAGCGCGUGAGAGCUUUAAUCCACGGGUGAAGUGUGAGGAUCAGGAAAGGAGGUGAAAGAUGUCAGCAGUCGUGGUCGUGCAUGGUGGGGCGUGGGCCAUACCGGACGAACUGGCCAAGGCCUCUGUGGAUGGAGUAAAGGCUGCAGCAUGUGAAGGGUUUUCAGUGCUGAAAAGAGGAGGAAGUGCACUGGAUGCUACUGAGGCAGCUGUGAGAUCCAUGGAAGAUAACAAGGUGUUUAAUGCAGGGCAGGGAGCUGCACUAAAUGCUGAUGGAGAAGUGGAGCUGGAUGCCAUUAUCAUGGAUGGAAGGACACUUGCCAGUGGUGCAGUUUCUUCAGUGAAGAACAUUGCCAAUCCCGUGUCACUGGCGCGAGCAGUGAUGGAGAAGACCGCCCACGUCAUGUUGACAAGCAAAGGUGCAAACCAGUUUGCAGAGAGCAUUGGUAUGGCUACAGUUCCCACUGAUACGCUGGUGACUGAGUAUGAGAGGAAAGAAUGGGAGAAGCACAAGAAUUAUGUUACUGGAGUCAUGGAAGAUUUCAACUCUCAGUGGACCCAUGAUACUGUCGGGGCGGUUGCUGUGGACUGUGCUGGAAAUGUUGCAUGUGCAACAUCAACUGGAGGGAUCAGAAAUAAAAUGGUUGGCAGAGUCGGAGACUCUCCAAUCAUUGGCGCUGGAGGAUACGCAGACAACUGCAGUGGUGCAGUGUCUUGUACCGGCCAUGGAGAGUCUAUUCUCAAAGUCACAUUGGCCAGACUCACUCUUUCGCAUGUUGAGCAAGGUAAAUCAGUAGCAGAUUCUUCACAGUUGUCUCUGCAGUACAUGGCAGACCGUGUCCGCGGUGCAGGAGGCUCGAUUGUAGUUUCCCCAUCAGGACAAUGGGCCGCCACAUUUACCACAGAACGAAUGGCUUGGGCCGCAGUGGAUCAUGAUGUUCUGUGGUAUGGAUUGGACCCAAAUGAAAGAUUGAAAGAGCAGUUGUCAGAGUAACCACUUUAACACAGUUUGCAAUCCUUAUUGGUCAUAGUAUUGAGCCAUAAAGUAGAAAACUGUAUUUCAAGUGUGCUUUCUACUAAUUCUGGAUCGCUUGGUCUAAUUUGGAAGACAUUUACUACUGUUGUGUCUGUUCAAGUCAAAAAGGUUGUUCUUCUAACUAGUCAAAGCUACAUACUUUACACUGAGACAUUAAGUGUAACAGAUGGAGAAGGUGGAUAUUAGAGUAUAUAAGUCUAUAAAGCAGCUUAUGCACAUAUUAGAUGACUUUUUUUAUCCAAAUUCUGGAUUUAAUAUUACACAUCCAAAUGUAGGAUGACUUCUGAUGAUUUAUUUGACUAAAUUCUCUUUAACUUUGUGUCACUGCUGUGAUAUUAGUAGUAUUAGUUCAUGUGUGUCAAAGCAGAGCAGAGGACUGCAAGACUGGUGGCUCUGGAGGUCUUGUUCCUAAAGACUAUAUUAAAGGAACCAAAUGUGGACAAUGCAACCAUACUGAAUAUGAGAGUCAUUAAAGAUGAAUGUGUGUAAAUGUGUUAUUUCUCGAAUGUGAUGGUCUUAAACAUUGUCUUUGAUCAGUGGUUUUCAGUUCUGGCCCUCAGGAUGAAGAAGUCCAGUAGUUUUCAGUUUUCUUUGCUUAAAACAGUUAACUAGUGGAUAAAAUAGAUGUUUUAGUAAUGAUUUGUUUGAUUGGUUGGCACGCAAUAAACGCAGCUCUUAAUGCUCCUCCUGGAAAUGUCAUUCGGUUUCAUCAAAACUUGUUUGUUUUUUCAGUUCUCUCCAAGCACUUCGAGUGCAAUGGGCUAUUAGGAGGCUGUCAACAUUACAACAGCCUCAUUCAUGUGCCUCCACUUCAUUUGGCCAGCUGCAUUGUUGGCCUUGCUUCAUCCUACGAAACAAUGGCCGCUGCACCAGAGACACUGGCUCUACACAAAGCUGAUGCAGAAUUACAAUUAGGUAGUAUGAUCAUGUCCUCCCACUGUAAGAGGAGAUAUAGGGGCAGCUCUGAAUGGCUGGUUUACAUGGUUUUAUUUCACAUUUAAAAACUGGAGCUGGACAAGAGUAGCCGUUUCCUCCUAGACCGAACAAAUCUUUGUGUAACUUUUUUAUUUUUUCAUGUACUAUGACUUUUGUGUCCAUAUUUUAACAAAAAAUGUUACUCUUAUGCUCUUAUAAGAACAUAAUUUAGAUACUGUAGUCAGGGCUGUGCAUGGUGAAAACUUUCAAGCUGAAGUAUAAUUAAUAUAUAACAAUUAAUUAAUAUAUAUAAUUAAUCCUAAAGAAAAAAACACUGUAUUGUUGCAUAACUAUUUCAGAAAAGCUAUCAUGUAGUUUACACUGUUAAUGUCA